UCAAGAUGGCGACGUCGACCAGGAAGUAGGUAAACAACCGAACAGGGAGAGAAAAAUAUGGAUUAACCCCUCAAAUACACCCUAUCCGGUGAACAUAAAGGCACAUUGAGUGGUCGUCGAGGGUUAUCGAGGACAGGGGAGUUUAGCUACCGCGCGAAAUGGCUGGCGAAUGACAGGGGUUUGGCACGUGACCGUGUUUCUGCUCGACGUCUGAUGCCCACUCUUGCCACAUCUGUCGUCAUGGACACGGAGGACUUUCUGCACCCUGAGGGCCCUCAGCUAGGGAGCCCGAAGUUCAGCGCACCCAGUUCUCCUCUCACAAGCUCCAUAGAGAGUCAGCUGUUCGCGUCAAACUCAUGGGUGUUUUCACAGCAAACCCAGUACAGCCAGCACUAUCCUAUGCAAUCUGGGAGGCAGCUUCAGUCAAACUCGUCCUCUGUGAAUCUGGACCUGUCUGACAUAGACAUUCACGACCUCGUGAGGAACGGAGACUUCUCCCAGGAUUUGUCGUGCAUAGAUGAGCUGUCCAACACGUCUUUGUUCUCCUCGCCGUCUGACUCGCUGUCGGAGUAUGCAGACCCCUCUGGGUUUAGCAUCGAUAGUGUGGCACAGUUACCCACUGAGGUCACCAUGGCACAGAUGUACUGGGAUAUACCCGGACACAGUCAGAGACAACAGCAGAAUUUGGGCGCUUUUCCUGGUAGGCUUGAUGACAUCAGUGCGAUCCUGUCUGCAUCAGUGGCGGGACUUAAGGCUGCUCCGCCCCCACAGGAGGAGGAAGUGGAGGCAGAUGAGGAAGAAACUGAGGAGUUAGGGCAUGUAGACACGUACGCCGAAUACAAGCCAUCGAAAUCUACUAUUGGAAUCUCUCACCCUGACAUUGUGGUGGAGACCAACACGCUUUCCAGCGUCCCUCCUCCUGACAUAACGUACACACUGUCCAUUCCAGACAGCACCAUCAGCUCCGGCAUGCUGUCAGCCCUGCAGCUGGAGGCCAUCAUCUACGCAUGCCAGCAACACGAGGUGAUUCUUCAGAAUGGUCAGCGAGCGGGUUUUCUGAUCGGAGAUGGAGCUGGGGUUGGGAAAGGCCGCACUGUUGCUGGGAUCAUACUGGAGAAUUUCUUAAAGGGACGGAAGAGAGCACUAUGGUUCAGUGUCUCGAAUGACCUGAAGUACGAUGCUGAGAGAGAUCUGAAAGACAUCGACGCUCCCAACAUCCCUGUUUAUGCUUUAAAUAAGAUUAAAUAUGGAGACAUGGCUACCUCAGAGGGCGUUCUGUUCGCCACAUACUCAGCGCUGAUCGGAGAGAGCCAGGCGGGCGGCCAGCACCGCACCAGACUCAAACAGAUCUUGGACUGGUGCAAACCCAACUUUGAUGGCGUUAUUGUGUUUGACGAGUGCCAUAAGGCAAAGAACGCAACUUCCACCAAGAUGGGCAAAGCAGUGCUUGACUUGCAGAGUAAACUGCCUCGGGCGAGAGUGGUAUACGCUAGUGCCACAGGUGCUUCUGAGCCAAAGAACAUGAUCUACAUGAGUCGUUUGGGGAUCUGGGGGCAAGGAACACCGUUCAAGACCUUUGAUGACUUCCUGCACGCUAUAGAGAAGAGGGGUGUUGGUGCCAUGGAGAUUGUCGCCAUGGAUAUGAAAGUGAGUGGCAUGUAUAUCGCGCGGCAGCUGAGUUUUUCCGGCGUGUCUUUCCGUAUAGAAGAGAUAACACUGGACGAAGAGUUUAAACUGGUCUACAACAAAGCAGCUAGACUGUGGGCAGAAGCUCUUGAGUUGUUCAACAGAUCAGCAGAUGUUUUGGGUUUGGUGUCUCGUAAGUCUCUGUGGGGUCAGUUCUGGUCGUCACAUCAGAGGUUUUUUAAAUAUCUCUGUAUCGCUGCUAAAGUCCGUCGUCUUGUCGAACUCGCUCAGGACGAGUUGCAACGUGGCAAGUGUAUCGUGAUUGGCCUGCAGUCCACCGGAGAGGCCCGUACUCGAGAGGUCCUGGACGAGAAUGAUGGACGUCUGGACCGAUUCGUCUCUGCUGCUGAGGGUGUUUUCCACUCCUUAGUACAAAAACACUUUCCAACAGAGAAACCCAAGAGAGAGAAAAGUGCCGCGAGCAAAAGGAAACGAAAGCCCAGGAGCCGGCCUUCAAAAUUCCUGAAGCACUGUGUGGAAGUGAGUGGAGUCAUUAAAAUCAGCGACGAUUCGGGCUCGGAUUCAGAUGAGCUCGACAGCGAAUCGAACUCUUCCCCUGAUUCACUACAGGACAACGACGAUGUGAUCUUCGUCAAUCACAUCAACAGCCCUGCUGCUAAACUAGAGGAGCUGAAGCAGAGGCUGCUGUGUAAAAUAGCAGAGCUUGGGAAAGAGCUGCCACUAAACACGCUUGACGAGCUGAUUGACAGGUUUGGAGGACCAGUGAAGGUGUCUGAGAUGACGGGGCGCAAGGGACGUGUGGUGCGUCAUCCUGAUGGUAGUGUACGAUAUGAGACCAGAGCGGAACAAGGCCUCACCAUCGAUCAUGUCAACAUCAGAGAGAAAGAGCGAUUCAUGUCAGGAGAAAAGUUGAUAGCGAUCAUCUCUGAGGCGGCUAGCUCGGGAAUCUCUCUACAGGCGGAUAAACGCAUUCAGAACCGCAGGAGAAGAGUUCACAUGACCUUAGAGCUGCCGUGGAGCGCCGACCGCGCCAUUCAGCAGUUCGGUCGAACACAUCGCUCGAAUCAAGUUACAGCUCCGGAUUAUAUCUUCCUCAUAUCAGAGCUGGCCGGAGAGAGACGCUUCGCCUCUAUUGUUGCCAAGAGACUGGAGAGUCUGGGGGCGUUGACUCACGGUGACAGACGAGCCACUGAAUCCAGAGAUCUGAGCCAGUACAAUUUUGAGAACAAAUACGGCACCAAAGCACUGGAUAAAAUCACUAAAGCCAUUCUAGGACACAUCGACAACAAAGUCCCUCCACCGAAGGGCUAUCCAGGAGGAGAUAUCAUGUUCUUCAGAGAUAUGAAGAAAGGCAUGAUUGAUGUCGGGAUCUUCUGUAAGGAGCCGCGCUUCGGACUGAACACAGAGAAAGACUGCAGCAUCACCAAAUUUCUAAACCGUAUUUUGGGUUUAGAGGUUUACCAACAGAACUCUCUGUUCCAGUACUUCACUGAUAACUUCGACUACCUGAUCGAUAAAGACAAAAAAGAGGGGAAAUACGACAUGGGGAUAUUAGAUCUUGCUCCUGGUAAUGAUGAGAUUCAUGAGGAAACACAGGAGAAGUUUCUAACUCCAGGAAACCCUCAGGAAGGACAGGUCAUGCUUUAUAAGAUCAGUGUAGAUCGGGGAAUGCCCUGGGAAGAGGCGUGCAGUAAAGCCGAGAAAUUCUCCGGAGAUUACGAAGGGUUUUACCUCUCAAAUAAGUUGCGUGGGAGCCAGCCGUGUGUCCUGCUCGCCGAACAGGGUCGCGGGCGGAACCUCAUCCUGUAUAAGCCCAACAUCGGCAAACAGGCUCAUCCCGAGAAUCUCGACAACCUGCUUCUUCGAUACUACAAGGUAACACCUGAAGAAGCAAAGGACUGCUGGGAGAGUCAGUUUGUCUUUUCCUUCACUAACUGCACACAUGCCAACUGGAACGGAAAGUGUAAGAUGAAUGAGCAGGGACAAGAGUGUUUUCUGGGAAUGCGUCUCAGGCAAUAUCACAUGCUUUGUGGAGCACUACUGAGGGUCUGGAAACGAGUGUCGGACAUUGUCUCUGAUGUCACAUGCUCCAGCAUCCUACAGAUCGUACGACUCAAAACCAAACAAAACAGCAAACAAGUCGGAAUAAAGAUCCCUGAAAACUGUGUGUCCCGUGUGCGCGGUGAGCUUUCUCGAAUGGACGAGGAGGUGAAAAAAGCUCGGCGAGAGAGAGAACAACUUGCUAAUGACCAACGUGCUCGUUUACAGCAAGAGAUGCUGGCCAAGUUCAUGAAUGCCCGCAAAAUGUGCACCAACCUGCCCCACGCCCUUCCAAACCACCUUCCAUACCCACGAUCCCUCUUGCACCCUGUUACGAUGCCCAAGAGUGAGGCUGUCAGUGAAGUCCUGGACUUGACCAUCAGUCCGUGUCCCUCACCAGACAUCAAAACCCUGCAGGACGCAGGAAUCAGCCUGAACGGCGUGUCUCUUAAUGGUGGGAUUGCGUGCGGGAGGGGACGCCCAGGCGUGGUAGCUCCAGAGACCUUUGGCCUUGAAGAUUUGAUCUCUCAGGAGCAGCAGAGGAACAAGCAGGUCACAUUGAACUCAAACUCACAUGUAUCGUCAUCUUUCAAUGUCUUGCGACAGCCACAGCAGCACGUUCGCUCGCUGAAGCAGAAUCAUUCAUCACUUGGCAUGUUGGCGCAGCAGCAGAGUGGCUCGCGCUUGCAGCAGGACGUUCAGGCACCCAUGCGGUACAGCACACUUCUUUCGCAACUGCACGGAGGACAGGACAAAUCGCUCAUGCAGCGACUUCUCACGCAAAUGCGGCAGCAAACGGAUGCAUCAUCGCAGUCAACACGCUUAGCGCUGCCCAUACAGCGGAGCAGUCAACAUGCAAAUAUGCUAACGCACAACUCUAAUACAUUGGCACAUUCUUUUGGAAACCACACACCACAACAACAGCUGCAGAUGCAUGCGAGCAAUCACAGGCUCAUUUCUCUCAACAGAACGUCGCAGUCACAGUCGCAGCAGUCACAACCCCUGCAGUUGCAACCCCUGCCGUCACAGUCGCAACACCUGCAGUCACAGUCCCGAUCCCUGCUGUCGCAACCCCUGCAGUCACAGGCCCGAUCCCUGCUGUCGCAACCCCUGCAGUCACAGUCGCAACCAAUGCAGUCACAGUCCCUGCUGUCGCAACCAAUGCAGUCACAGUCCCUGCUGUCGCAACCCAUGCAGUCGCAGUCGCAAUCCCUACUGUCGCAACCCCUGCAGUCACAGUCGCAAUCCCUGCAGUCACAGUCGCAAUCCCUGCAGUCGCAACCCCUGCCGUCACAGUUGCAACCCCUGCCGUCACAGUCCCAAUCCCUGCAGUCGCAACCCCUGCCGUCACAGUCCCAAUCCCUGCAGUCGCAACCCCUGCCGUCACAGUCGCAAUCCCUGCAGUCGCAACCUUUGCCAUCACAGUCCCAAUCCCUGCAGUUGCAUGCAGUUAACAGUCAUUCUGCUCCAGAAAGUGCGGCCAUUCGAAACAAUGACUUUGAUUUCGAUGCCUUGGACUUCGGUUGCUCUUCACCAGUUGCGCAAUUGCGGUACCCGUUCAACUCUCAAGCCCUGCCAUCCUCCACCCCGCCUCCUUUUUCCUCUUCCCUCUUUGCGUCGGUUCCUCCAAACUCGUCCCUGUCGGACUCCAACUCCUCUUCACAUUUCACGGCGUCGUCCUCAUCGUCUGAACAGUCACAUCUUCUGUUACCCAAUGGCCACUGCAGUAUGGACGGCCUCGACGUGCACCAGACACUAGAUCACAUGAUCCACGGAACGUCCCCUGACCACCGCCAGUCUGUCAUCCAGUUUAAAUCAAUGGAGUGGGACGCCACCUAGAGGCUGCUGAUUGGUGGAUGUGUAACUUUGGUGGGCGUGGUCUGUUAGUAGCCAGUGUAACUGCGCACACGUCAAAACUCUCGAUUCGUUACAUUUUGACUGUCGUCUCAGCUCACACGGUUGACGAGUUUAGUUUUCGGUAAGAGUUCGGGAAGACUUUGGGGUUUUUGUUUUAGAUGCUUUCUCCAAGUAAAUCUCAGUCCAUAAGCUAGUUGCAUUCAGCUCGUUAACGUUCAGUGAAGUCAAAUUUGACAAAUAUAGGCAUACUUAAAAUCUAUUCAGUUUUUAUUUGCCUUAUUUGAAGCAAUAGGGCUUUUCCACCCAUCAUUUCACAUAAGAAUGCUCAAACAACGUUAACAUUGAGGUAAUAGAAAAGUUUAUUUAUUAAAACAUUUAUGUACACUUUAGUUUCCUGCUUUUCGUCAUAGGGGUUUUUUUGUCUUUUAAUAAAUGCCUUCUGUUGAAUCAGUGCCUUUAAAUCCUUCAGAUGCAGUCUUGUGUGUGUGUGUAAUAUAUAUAUAUAUAUAUAUAUAUUUCUAGAAAUAGUAGUACUAUAUUAUUUAUUUCAUCGUUGCUCUCCGCUACCCUGAGUUCUCUGCUGCUUCGCAGCGGGCGUGCUAACACGACCGUUUGAUUUGGAACUGCUGUUUGAACCUAUAACCCUGUGAACAUCUAAUUUCUAUAUUCUUCAUUUCAAUCAUCUAAACACAGGGACAGAGUAGUUCACGAUAUCUCUGCUAUAUCGAUGGCUUCGGCUGUAGUCGUGCAGAAUACUUGCCUGCUUUACGGACGGCUAAUUUCUCAGGUAUAGUAUAGAAUCAUCACUGUCCAAACAAAUGAUUAUUUUCUGAAAUAUAACACAGAUGGAACUAUGUGAGCUUUGGGAAUUGGAUGCCAAAUUAUUUAUUUGCAUAU